CGCUGCCAUGGGCGCCCCGGCCCGCCUCCCGCGGCUGGCGCUCGGCCUCCUGCUGCUGGGCACGCUGCUGCGCCCCGCCGACGCCUGCAGCUGCUCGCCGGUGCACCCGCAACAGGCGUUUUGCAAUGCAGAUGUCGUGAUUCGAGCCAAGGUGGUGAGUGGGAAGGAGGUGGAUUCCGGGAAGGACAUCUAUGGAAACCCCAUCAAGAGGACACAGUAUGAGAUCAAACAGAUCAAGAUGUUCAAAGGCCCUGAUAAGGACAUCGAGUUCAUCUACACGGCGCCGUCAUCCUCCGUGUGCGGGGUCCAGCUGGACGCCGGCGGGAAGAAGGAGUACCUCAUUGCAGGAAAGGCAGAGGGAAAUGGCAAGAUGCAUGUCACUCUCUGUGACUUCAUUGUGCCCUGGGACACCCUGAGCACCACCCAGAAGAAAAGCUUGAACCACAGGUACCAGAUGGGCUGCGAAUGCAAGAUCACGCGCUGCCCCAUGAUCCCCUGCUACAUCUCCUCCCCGGACGAGUGCCUGUGGAUGGACUGGGUGACAGAGAAGAGCAUCAACGGACGCCAGGCCAAGUUCUUCGCCUGCAUCAAGAGGAGCGACGGCUCAUGCGCCUGGUACCGUGGAGCCGCGCCCCCCAAGAAGGAGUUUCUUGACAUCGAGGACCCGUAGGCAGGCCACAGCCCCCGGUCUGGCAGCGCCUCCGAGUGUAGACAGGUCCAGCUCUGACACCCCUUCCGGAAACAGCAUGAAUAAAACGGUCAUCCAAGUGGGUCUAAAUUAGUGUGAUUCUCCCCGCCUGGCCCGGCCCGGCCCUUCUCCUUCCAGCCUCGGCUGUGGGCCUGGAGGGGGCGGCGGGCCGGUCCCCCUCUCUCAUGCCUGUCCCUGCCCAGCCCCCUUUCCCAGGGCACAGGGCUCGGACUGUGGGUGUCCUUGGCAUUGCCUGUCUUGGCGCUGAAGUAGAUGCUAUAGGGGCGGGCGGGGGCCUUCGCAGGUUCCCAGCUCCCAGCCCGGUCGGGGCAGAGCCUGGAAAGGUGCAUUCGCAGACUCCUGAGGGUCAUGGCAAGACUGUGUAGCGGGUCUACUAGGUCCUCCCUUCCGUCUCCAGAGAGACGCAUCCCUCGUCCCUGCAGCUUCCACGCCUCCAGCCCCCGGGGUGCACCCCUGCCUCCCCCCAACACUCCCCACGCUUAUAGCACACGGAAAAGGAUGAGGAUGGAGCUUCCUCCAUCUGCCCGGCCGGCUCAGCCUCUUAUGGGGCUCCUGGUGGGAACUGUCACUUUCCCCCACAAACUGAGCCUCUAGGCACUGCUCUUGUCUCCUUGGGCAUCUGAGCAGCAGAUUUGGGGGUUCUCAAGGGGCCACGUCUGGUAGCACUGUGGUUCCCCUUCCCUCCCAACUUCUUGCUUCCCCACUGCAUCGACCCCCUUCCAUCUUGCAUAAAGGGUGCAGUGUGCAGGGAAGAGCUGGGCGGAGCCUGUGGUCCCACUUCCACUUCUUGGCAUCCAGUUUUCUGGAAAGACCAACUCCCAGGCCAUGCACUCGAGUGCCCAUACGGCCGGUGUGCCAGCCUGCAUGGGCAUUGCUCCUCUAGCAGGGGUCAGGAGCGUCACAGGGAGCCUACUUGUACCCCAAAAUAGGGCUUUCUGCUGGCAGCAAGGUGGGAGCGCGGCAGGCACUCUUUCCUUUUCCUGCUUGCACUCUAACAGUAAACUUCAGGACCCCAGAACCUAGGCAGCCUGUGAGUGGAUUGUCUGCAAAACACUUCCCAAGUGGCCACCCUGUCAAGUGCCCUGAGGCCACCCCAAAGCCGCCAGACUCCUGGUUCCCCUUGUACCAUGCCCACCCAGGGUUCCCAUCUCCAGGAAUCCUCUGUCUAGGGCUGGCUGGCAGCCAGCCCCGCUCCCAGGGCAUGACUGUGCUGUGCAGCACCCACCCCCGUAUGCUACACCCCAUCUGCCCCCUGUGAGGUAUGUUGGACCGUUUGUAACCUUGACUCUGUUCCUGCUCAUCUUCCUCUGGUCUGUCCCCGCCCGGUGGUGAUUGUGCCUGUGCUGUUGGUUCCUGUCGGGAGGUCGUAGGCAGCAGGCGAGCACUUGUGACUUUUAACCGGGGGCAGCCUGGGAUCCAGUGUCCCGUUCCCCCCAUGCAGAGCCAGCCGGAUUCCUGGGUCUCCCCAUCUCCUGUUUUCAGGUUCAAAUUUUUACCGAGUGAAGGCUCUGUGGGUAGGUCUUGACGUGGCUUAAAUCCUCUCACGGUUCUUGCCGUGUGGAAGAGGGAAAAAGCGAUACCGGAGACCAAGUUCCGAGGUACCGCGUGGAGGAGGGACCAACUCCUGGUAACGGGCGGGCCGGUGGUUUAAUUUAUGUUCAGUUCUCGCCGCUGCUCUUCCUCCCCCAGCCUAGUCUUCUUGCAAGCAUCUCCAAAUAUUUAAAAAUGACGUUUACGUGGUUCAGUUAUUGUCCAUCUUGGCUUGAUCAAGUAGUAAGAAAUAUAGGACUCGCUUCCAUAAUUUAAAGCUCUGUCACUUUGUUCGAUUUGGAUUUCGCUGUAUUUUUUUUUCUUUCUGACUCUUGGGGGGAAAUGUGUUUUUGCUGGAAUAUGAAGUCUGAGACCCUGUGUGCUGGGGACACGGGGACUUGGGGACCCGUGGCCCACGGGCGAGCAGACUGCGCAUGUCUCUGACACUUUGUAUCAUUCUUGGUGAUGUUCAGUCAAUGCACAAUAAACAAUAGAAUCCAA